UAACAAAAAGAAAUUAAAAAAAUCGAACGAGCAACGAAACGAAACACGAUAAAAUAAUCUGCUUUGUCAAAAAACUAUAGAAAAUCUAUUUUUUUAACGAAAACUUCUACAAGAAAUUAUAAAUUUUUAUUAAUAUUUGCAGAUAUUUACAAAAUAAAUUAAAACAUUGUAUUAACAAAUUAAGAAUUUAGCUAUUCAAAUAGCAAGUGUUAAACACAACACGCCGACAUAAUGUUUUCUUAAAAUAGUACCAAAAAAGGUAAAAAUAAAAAAAAGAAAUAUCCAAAACUUAUUGAAAACUUCAACAAGCCUAUAAAAACGGCCCACACUCAAAAAAUUUGCACUGAAGAAAAAAAUUAAGUAAAAUUAUAAAGUGUAUGAAAAAGAAAAAUAAAGUUAACGAAACAAUCGAAUAGAAUUAAAUAAUAUAAAGUUAUAAACGAAAUAUUAAAAAAUAAUAUAAAUAAGAAAAAUUAAAAAAGUACAAUUUGUUCAAAAAGUGACGUUUUGCUGCUGCUGCACAUUACGAACGCACCGCCAUUCAAUACAAAUCUUUAAAUAAUACUACGAAUAACAGAGAGGGAAGAAACGUAAAAUACUUUAAGUUUAUUUAGGAACACAGAAUAAAUUAUAAAACAACAGCCACAAAAUGUCCCGACCAAGACCAAAACUUCAUAUGACCAUACAAAAAGAACCGGAACCAGAAUUAGUUCCUCCCCGUAAUUUAGAUUCUAGCACUACUAUACAAAUUGGAGAUCGAACCUUCGAAAUUGAUGCUGAUAGUCUAGAGAAAAUUUGCGAUUUGGGUCGUGGCGCCUAUGGUAUUGUUGAGAAAAUGCGUCACGAACAAACCGGUACGGUAAUGGCGGUGAAACGCAUUACUGCUACCGUCAAUCGUAAAGAACAAAAACGUUUACUUAUGGAUUUGGAUAUAUCGAUGCGUUCCAGCGAUUGCCCUUAUACGGUGCACUUCUAUGGUGCCCUAUUUCGUGAGGGUGAUGUAUGGAUUUGUAUGGAAGUUAUGGAUACCAGUUUGGAUAAGUUUUAUCCAAAAGUUUUUAAGAAUAAUCUUAUUAUGGAGGAGAGUGUUUUGGGAAAGAUUGCCAUGUCUGUAGUCAAUGCUCUACACUAUUUACACGCCCAAUUAAAAGUUAUACAUCGUGAUGUCAAACCAUCAAAUAUUCUCAUAAAUCGCAAUGGCGAAGUUAAAAUGUGCGAUUUUGGUAUAUCAGGUUAUCUCGUCGAUUCAGUGGCCAAAACUAUAGAUGCUGGCUGCAAACCCUAUAUGGCACCCGAACGCAUCGAUCCCUCCGGCAAUCCGGCACAAUAUGAUAUACGUUCUGAUGUCUGGUCAUUUGGCAUAAGUAUGAUUGAAAUGGCAACUGGUAAAUUUCCCUAUAAUACAUGGAAAACACCAUUUGAACAAUUAAGACAAGUGGUUAAGGAUGAGCCACCCCGCUUAGAACCGGGUACAUUUUCACCCGAAUUCGAAGACUUUAUAACCAAGUGCCUGCAAAAGAGUUAUACAGCACGACCCAAUUAUGAGCAAUUACUGCAGCAUCCUUUCAUAACGGAACAUGCUAAACGUAAUACGGAUAUUUCAAAAUUUGUAGCUGGUGUAUUAGAUAUGCCAGAGUAGGAAGAAGAUAUUCUUCUUCGUCUUUUUCAUAAUUUCUCUAUUUAGUUUAUUGUUAUUUGAUGUUCAAAAAACCCAAUUAAAACCCAAAUAAAACAACAAUCAAUUAAGCAAACAACAAACAAAACACUACAAUCAAGGAUUAACUAAAUAAAAUGUUAAGCUGUUGUUGCCAUUACAUUAAAUAAAUUAAUAAUUAAACAAAUAAGGCUUCCACGCAAAAUGAUUACAUACAAAGUGCUUUAAAAAUUAAACAAAUUUCAAACAAUACAUUAUAAAUAUUUUAGUUUUACUAAGUAUUUCCCAACAACUAACUACUUACUAGCAAACUUUGGUGUCAAUUAUUUGUACAUGUUAAUUUUGUAAUAAAUACAAUCUAAAAUCAACCAACCUGCCUGCCCCUUAAAAAAAAAAAACUAAAUUCUAAAUACCACAAAACAGCCUGAAGUGAAAAAAAGAACAAUAAAGUGUAUUUAAUUACACUCCUUCCUCUAAUUGUAGUUGUUUACGUUUUGAUACCAUUAUAUAUUUUUAUUCUUUAUUUUUAUUUUAUAAAAAGAAAUUAAUGCAUGUUUACUAAGAUUAAAAAGUAAAAAAAAAAGCAAAAUGUAAAGAAAAUGCAGCAGUUGAUAAAGUCAAUUAAUUAUGUUAAAUUAUUAUUGUAUACAAGAGAAAAAUUACAUUUUCCUGUAACGAAAUAUAUAGAAUACAAAAAAAA